ACGUUUUAACAAUUUCGUGGGAACUCAUCAACUUAGCGUAGAGAGAGAAAGAGAGAGAGAGAAGAAGGAAACAAAGCCCCCCUCGCAUUUCUCAUGAACUGUGGAGUCGUGCUGGGUUUCUAUUGUUGGGGUUGGGAGUUCUUAACGGCCCUUCUUCUCUUCUCCUCAUCAUCCCCUUAUUAUCAUCCUCAAUCUUCGUCUUAAUUAAUCUUCUCAAUAUAUCCAUGUUUCUAGCAGCUGCAAGCAACGAUCAUCUUCUUGUUUCGAUCUAGCUCAAUCCCUAGCUAGCUAGCUCUCUUUUCAUUCCACCAAUAUAUCAAUGGAGGGUGUGUGUGAUCAAAAGGUUCUGUUGGAAUACGUCACGAGGAAGUCGAGCCCGCCGCCUUUCUUGUUCAAGACGUACAUGCUGGUGGAGGAUCCGGCAACCGACGCCGUGAUAUCGUGGAAUGAAGACGGGUCGGCGUUCGUCGUUUGGCAGCCAGCCGAGUUUGCCCGAGAUCUCCUCCCAACUCUCUUCAAGCACAGUAACUUCUCUAGCUUUGUCAGGCAGCUCAAUACUUACGGAUUUCGCAAAGUUGCAACCAGCCGGUGGGAGUUUUGCAACGACAAGUUUCGAAAGGGUGAAAAGGAUCAUCUGUGUGAAAUCCGUCGUAGAAAAGCAUGGUCGAACAAGCAACAGCCAAAUCAGCAAGGCCAAGCAGCAGGAGGAGAAGAUGACCAGUCUGAUGAAAGGUCUUCGUCGACUUCUUCUUCGUCUGAGUACAGCUCUCUUAUUGAUGAAAACAGACGGCUGAAGAUGGAAAAUGGGGUUUUGAGCUGCGAGCUUACGAGCAUGAAAAACAAGUGCAAGGAGCUUCUCGAUUUGGUGGCCAAGAAUGGCCGGGAUGCGGAUCAAGAGGAAGACGACGACCAAAGGCCAAAGCUGUUUGGUGUGAGAUUGGAGGUUGAGGGAGAGAGGGAAAGAAAGAGAAAGAGGGCAGAGAUAAUUAGUGAAAGCGCAAGCAUUUUACUAUCUCAACCAUGCAAAUAAAAUGUUGCAUAUAAUUGUAUAAUCAAAGCAAGAGUAAUACAUAUAUAUGAUCUAGUUAAAAUCAAGCGGGUUAUAGUUACCAAAAUCUAUUUGAUGCAUGAAAUUUCAGCAUCAAGCAUUCUAUAACUGGCUUGUUUAUGUAUAUAUUACUUAGUAGAAUCAAAGGUGAUAUAAACAGGCACAA